AUGGAGGAAGCCUUGUUAGUAUCGACAGAGCAACAACAGAGAUGGAGGGUUUUAUUCACAAAGGAGGUUAAGAGAUCUUGUUACAUAGCCUUGCCAAUGGUGGUGGUGUUGGUGUCACAAAACUUACUACAUGUGGCUUCUAUGUCGAUUGUUGGCCAUCUUGGUGAGCUGGAGCUCGCUGCAACCUCUCUAGCCACCUCUCUUACCAACGUCACCGGCUUGAGCCUCCUCUUUGGAAUGACGGGUGCAUUGGAAACAUUAUGUGGUCAAGCCUAUGGAGCCAAACAAUAUGAGAGGGUUGGUAACUAUACAUAUAGUGCCUUAAUAUGUCUCAUUUUGGUAUGUAUUCCCAUUUCUAUAUUAUGGACCUAUGUCGACAAACUUCUAAUCCUAAUCGGCCAAGAUCCUUUAAUUUCAAUGGAAGCGCGCAAAUUCUCGAUAUGGCUCAUCCCUAGCCUUUUCCCCUACGCAAUGCUACAACUAUUAACGCGAUACUUACUAUCACAAAGUAUCAUCUUGCCGAUGUUAUGGAGCUCAAUCGUGGUUCUUGUUUUUCAUGUGCCCGUAUGUUGGGCUCUAGUGUUUAUGUUAGGCUUUGGGGCAGCUGGAGCAGCUUUAGCCGUUGGAAUGUCGUACACUUUGAAUGCGAUCUUGCUUGGGAUUUAUGUGCAUCACUCGAAAGCAUGUGAGAAAACUCGUGUCAUGUGUCCUAGAGAUAUUUUUUCAAGCAUGCGAGAGUUUUCUCGCUUUGCCAUUCCUUCUGCUAUUAUGGUCUGUCUCGAAUGGUGGUCAUACGAGAUUGUUGUUUUGCUUUCAGGACUCUUGCCAAAUCCUCAAUCAGAGACUUCCGUGCUCUCAAUAUGUCUAACAAUGGAAAUCUUACACUAUUACGUACCUUACUCAUUUGGGGUUGCGGCAAGCACAAGGGUAUCAAAUGAAUUAGGAGCCGGUAAUCCAAAUGCGGCAAAAAUGGCUAUUUUAGUAGUAUCAGCUCUUGGAGCAUUGGAGGUGAUAAUAGCCGUCAGCAUUCUUUUUUGCUCACGUUCUAUACUCGGAUAUGCAUUCGGUAAUGACAAGGAACUAGUCGACUAUGUCAAAGACAUGAAUCUUCUUCUAUGUUGCUCUAUAGUUGUAGACACAACACAAACGAUUCUUUCAGGAGUUGCUAGAGGGACCGGGUGGCAACAAAUUGGAGCUUAUAUUAAUCUUGGAUCGUAUUAUCUUGUUGGAAUCCCUAUGGCUCUAGUCUUGGGUUUUCAUUUGCAUUUAAAAGGGAAAGGAUUGUGGAGUGGAUUGAUUAUUGGAAUAUUCGUGCAAUGUAUUAUGCUUUCUCUCGUUACACAUUUCACUAAUUGGAAAAAACAGGCAAUAAAGGCAAGAGAACGAAUGCUUGAGGGUGCAAUUGUUGAUGACCAUUGAUUGAGGUUACAACUUAAUCGCAAAAGCAGCCAAUUACAACUUCAUGUUCGCAAAAUUGUUUGUAUUUAAGU